CUUUUUUUCUGUAGGUUGCGGCUACCUGAGGCUUGUAUUGGUCGUAGACAGAUGACAGCUGUAAACAAGGUCCGCUGAAUCCCAGGCACUUCGAGUAGCACUUAACGGUGAAAGCCCGGGGAGGAGAAAAUAAGGAGGAAGAAACCAAGAUGGUGAGAAGUAAAGCCUUGGCCCAUUGUGGGUUGGUUCUACUGAGUUUGUGGUUGUGUAUCCACUCAGUGCCUAUCAGUGUGGACAAGGCCAAAGAAAAACCUGAGGUGGAGGAACUGGAGCCACCCAGGAGUACUGACACCGGGCUGCACUAUGACCGCUACCUCAGGGAAGUCAUUGAGUACCUUGAGAAAGAUCCCCAUUUCAGAGAAAAGCUGAAAAGCGCCAAUAUGGAUGACAUCAAGCAAGGUAAACUUUCCAAAGAGUUGGACUUUGUCCAGCAUAAUUUUCGCUCAAAGCUUGACGAGUUGAAGAGGGAGGAAAUGAACAGGCUGCGGAUGCUCAUCAAAGCGAAACAUGACAUCCAGGAGGGGAAUGGUCUUACAUUAGACCAUCAGGCCUUGUUGAAACAGUUUGAGCACCUCAACCACAUGAAUCCAAACACUUUCGAGGUGGAGGACUUGAACCGCCUCAUCCAAUCGGCAACCAAAGACCUGGAGAACUUUGACAAGGAACGCCAUGAUGAGUUCAAAAGGUACGAGAUGAUGAAGGAGCAUGAAAGGAGGAUGCGCCUGAAGAACAUGAAGGAGGAGGACCGCAAGAAGGAAGAGCAGCAUUAUGAGGAGAUGAAGAAGAAACAUGCCGACCAUCCCAAAGUUAACCAUCCUGGAAGUGAAAACCAGCUAAAAGAGGUGUGGCACGAGGCAGAUGGCUUGGACCCAGAAGAUUUUGAUCCUAAAACCUUUUUCAAAAUGCAUGACAGUAAUGGAGAUGGCUUUUUCGAUGAGAAUGAGCUUGAAGCACUUUUCACUAAAGAGCUGGAGAAGGUGUACAACCCUCAAAAUGAAGAGGAUGAUAUGGUCGAGAUGGAGGAAGAGAGACUGAGGAUGAGGGAACAUGUUAUGAAUGAAGUGGACAGUAACAAAGACAGACUUGUGUCACUGAGCGAGUUUAUGGCUGCCACCAAGAAGGAGGAGUUCUACGAAAAAGAUGAGUGGGAGACUUUAGAUCAUAAUCCCUUUUACACAGAGGACGAACUGAGAGAGUACGAGCAGCAACUGGCCAACGAGGAGAAUGACAUCAACAAGAAGUCAGUUGAGCUGCAGAAACAGAGGGAGGAGCUUGAAAAAAAACAGGAAGAACUUAAUGCUCAGAAGAUGGGGCUUAAGCAGGCAAUGGAAGAAAUGGAAAGGGUUAAAGCUCAAAACCUAAAAGCUGAAACAAAACAUCCUGGAUCUCCUGUAGCUGAAAGUGGACCAGCACCAGUUGUACCAGCAAACAGUCAGCCACUGCCCCCUGGUCACCAGCAGCAAGAUGUACCAGUGCCAGGACACUCUUAGGAGGCCUCAACACUCUUCAUGUUAUGAGUGACCGUGUACUUGUAUGUUUUCAUAGUCCCAGUUUUGUGUUGAUAUUUCCAAACCAUCUCUUGAUGGUGGUGGAGGGGGGGAGGGGGGUACCUAAGCAUUAAGAGCGUAUAAGAGAAUCUGAUUCCAUGCUUCAGAUUUCGUGCCAGUGCCAACGGUGGCCCUCCCCUUACUGGCCAAAUCAGCUGAAUGGGCCAGACUUGAAAUGUGGAGCUGUUCCAGUUUUCUGUGUUGACAAUCAAUCCUUUUGUCUCUGUCAUUUUGAUCUUUUACAACAACAAGGACCCUGUUCUCUAUGGGAAAUUCUUUGGGGUGAAAAGGGGAGGGCAGCGGCUGUAAUAACCGAAUGUUUUGUUUUGUACACACUGUAGUGUGUUGUGACUGAUGCCAUCUCUUAUUUACAAAAUAAUAAAAACAAUGAAAAUGUAUUUUUCUGGCUUAGAAAAAAAGAGAAUUAGGGGUUGAAAUGAUCCUACUAAAAUCAAGUUUUGUAAUCAAAAAGUCAGAAAUAAAAAAAAUCACAUUCCUUCCAAAUCAGAUGUAUUUCUAGCUGUAGUGUCUUUUGGACCCAGUGAUUGCAGAGCAGAUGAAGUUACACACUGUAUUAUAUAUAUUUAAUUUUUUUGUUACUAAUUGUUCUGGUGUUAGUGACAUGAAUUCUGAAGUUGUCUUAAGUACGUGUAUCAAUGCGCAAGAAUGUCAAUGUGUCAUUUUUCAUGAUAAAAUAUUUUAGAUUUAUUUAUUAUCUAAAACCACUGGAAAUCAACCUGCAGGCUGAAAAAGAUGGGAACCCUUUAAUUAAAAAAAAUAUUUGUUACAGGUUAAUAAUAGAGGGGAGAAAAGUUAUACAGGGUACAUUCUGAGGGGACUUGAGAUACAGUUCACCUGUUUGUUUAUUAUUCAUAUUUCUUUUUUUUUUAUUUCUUGGGGUGACUGCGGGAGGGGGGCACCUCUGGCUCCAAGAAUAACUUGGCCAGUUUAGUUUUCUUUACAUGCUGUUUGAAGAAAAAAAAAAAGAGCUGAAAUCUGUUCAUCAUCUUGUUUAUCAAGUUCAUGACAAUGUUGUUCAUGGUUUGAAUGUUAACAAUAAAAUGAAUGAGCUGGCAAACAUA